UGAAUACAGUGGUGGAAUGGGAUUUUCUGCUCGACUUUUCCGCAUCUCUUUUCGAUAUUAUUGAUAGCUUGACAGAUCACACUAUGAUGUCAUUUAAAACUUUGAUAGAAAGAGGAUCCCAUAUACACAAGCCAUUUAAAUCUAUGCAUAAUGUACCUGUUCAGCGGAUUUCAUUCAAUGCGUCCAACUCUGUUCAUUUGAACUCAUUUUCCAUGAUUCAAUCCAUCAGAAACUUGAGUUGUCCAGCUGUACCCAGAAAACUAAACGUGGCCAUGGUUUCUCGACUACGCAAGGAAACACAAUGCGCUCUCUCCAAAGCCAAAGAUGCAUUGGUUGCUAUCAAGGCAGAGAUUCAUCCUGGAACCGAUCAGCAAAUAUACGAUGACGCACUUGCAUGGCUUCACAAGGACAUGGCCGAAAGCGGUGCCAAAAAGGCAGCCAAGGUCAGCAAUCGAGUUACUGCAGAAGGUCUUGUUGGUGUGUUUUGCGAUCCUCGCUACGGUCGUCAUGCAGCCAUGGUGGAAAUCAAUUCAGAAACUGAUUUUGUUUCCAAAUCUGAGCUUUUCAGCAAACUUGUAGAAAGUGUAGGUUUGACUGUAGCCCAAUCUCCUGAGAUUCGAUCUACUAUUGAUGAAUCAAAGCUCCACGCAUCUCCUAUACAUGAGAUUGACCGAUCGAUGAUUCUCCAAUCCAGUAUGGUUGCGUCCGACACUUUGUCUAUUCAAACUGCGUUUGCAGACGUUAUUGGAAAGCUCGGAGAAAACCUGCAGUUGCGUCGCGCAUUGCUUGCUCUUCAGCCAUUCAACUCGACCCAUAUCACAUCAGAUCAUCAACAACGAGUGUUUGGGGUAUAUGCUCACGCCGCUGAAAAAACCAAAAUUGCUGGGCUUGGCAAGUUUGCUGCAGUUGUAUCGCUUACUUCGGCAGAACCAAAAGUUGAUUUGGCUGAAUCCCAAAUUCUGCGUAUGGCUAUAUUUGCCAAUAAGCUGGCACAACAUAUCACCGGAUUUUCUCCCACAUCUAUCUAUGCCACUCCUUUUCACACUGACAACAACAGCCAAGAAAUCCCUGCUACAUCUUCAGAGGGCGUGCUCAUGACCCAACAAUUCCUAUUUGGCGGUGGUACUGUACUUGAGGUUUUAAAUGCUUUUUCUAAAGAAAUCAAGGCCAAAAUUGUUGUUGAAGCCUUCACUCGAUAUGCUUGUGGAGAAGGGAUUGAAAAAAAACCAGAUAAUUUUGUAGAUGAAGUAAUGAAACAAGCUUCACAAUAAAUAAAUUAAACUUUGGUUGAU